AUGUUGGGACAAGCUUUAAAUGGCCAAGCCACCCUGGAGGCUGGAGCGGAUGCAGAAGCUGAAGCCCAAGAUGAGGAUCUUUCGCCAUUUCUGUAUGGGUCGUCUGUUAUCGAUCCUCGGGAUAGCCAGGCGGUGAUCUCGAUCGCAGCACUGAAGGGAGAUGUCACUAUUGUUCGCCUGCUGCUGGAGUUUGUUGUGGAUCCUGAUGCCUCUACUGGAAAGCUGAAAAGUGCGGUCAUGUAUCUGGGAUGUCGAGUGAUGGAUAUGAAUACUUGUCAGGAAGUGAAGACUGAUCAUAAAGACAACAAUGUGCCGAUAUCACUAGCUGCUUUCUCGCAACAUCCUGCAAUUGUUCAAUUGCUGCUGGAACAGGGCGUGAGCAUCGACACGGAGCCGCCCCUGAAUGGCAAUUACAACACUCUCCUCCAACAGGCAGCACGGACGGAUCGUACUGCAAUCUCUGAAGUACUGUGGAACAGGAUUGACGUGGAUUCCAAGAUCACGGCUAAGGAUCCAGAAGUUCAGCUUCUGUUGACCAUUACAGCUCCGUUAGGCAUGGAAGACCGAUUUGCCUCAGCUGAUGCCCCGGAUCCCGACAUCAUCAACAUCAAACACGAUUAUGGACAACAUGGUUUACCACCCGACCGGCAAGUCGGUGGGGACAUGGUCAUUUCCCCCAGUUCCCGGGAUCAAAAAGUGCUUGAGAGCGGCUACAGGCGAGUCUGA